GGCAAAAAUGGAACAGGAAGAGCGGUCCUCGCAGCCGGAAAGCACACCGGCGACGCGGCCGAAAUCUCGCUCGGACCAUUUGAUGAAGCGCGUGUCGAGGGCCUGUUUGCAUUGCAGGCAGCGAAAAUCGAAAUGCGAUUUUCGGCAUUUCCUUCUCCUGAGCUAAUCAACAGCUACAGAGAUAGUAACGGCAAUCCUGGAGUACCACCUUGCAAGCGGUGUCUCCGAGAUGGCCGCGAAUGCAUUCUGGGGAGUUCAAACCGUGGAGGUCGCCGUAUCCGCAAGAACAAAAUGAAGAACUUCACCCCAGAAACAACCCUUUCCGGCCGACGGGAAUCUAUUGUUGAAUCGAUCAGCUCAACCGCUUCAGACAAUCGCCAGUCCACAAAUACCUCAUACCCCGGUCCUGUUGUUUUUGUGCCGCCUGAGCCCCCAGCGGCGACGUCAAUAUCGGUAGAUGAUGAAGAUACGGCAUCCAUUGGGUCGGUCCCACGGAAUCCAUCUGAUGCUUGGCAGUGUCUCACAGGCAUUGCCAAAAGAGGUGAUGACGGUCCUACCCCUGAAACGAACACUGAUUCUCUGCGCACAACCCACAGCACCUUCUCCUUCAGUGCUCUCCAGAAUGGCACUGUAACCGACUUCCAACCGAACAGUGGCAUCAAGGCUUACAGACUCGUGCAAUCACGGUCCUUGGACCCGGGAACAGUAUGGCAGUUGGUGGUUCGAUACGCCGAAAAUUUCCAUCCGUAUCUCCCUUUGGUGCCGCGGAAAUACUUUAACCGCGGUGCGCUGGAUUCCUUCGCCACAAAUGAGAAACAUCUGCUCACUGCGGUACUUACAAUCGCAUCGAAGGAUUUAGUCGAACGACCAGAGAUCCACGAAUAUUGCUCGAAAUAUAUGCACGAAUUAAUUUCAGGGAUAGCUGCUGGUGCCGACUGCGAUGUAGAGGCUGUGGAGGCACUUCUCCUACUUGCCGAAUGGGAACCACAGGGUCUUCGUCCCCGUAUCGAGCGCGUCGGUCGUGGUGAGGAGGAUCGAGCUGCAUGGAUGCAUGUUGGUCUAGCCUUACGGUCAGGCUAUUUCCUAGGCUUGGAUCGGACCUCCUUCCGAGGUGAUCCCUCGGGGGAUACGGAGACGGAGGCCCGCAGAAGGCUAGCAUGGACCAGCUGCUACAUUUCGGAUCGGUUAAUAUCUGUCCGUAUCGGACGAGCUUUCUGGUCCCGUGGACCGGGUCCAAUGACAGGCCUUGUCAGUCAAGAUUUCCCUUCUUUACAGCCCAUCAAAGAUGGAGAUGAAGAUUACGCGAGAAUCUUCCAGGCGACCUUGGAUUUAACACAACUUUAUGGGAAUGUUCAUGACGUUCUUUACUCUGGCAUGCGGACAAGCAACCAAAUGAUGCUUAUGGGGGACUAUGUAAAAUACGUGGAUGAUUUUCGUCUCGCGAUUUUGCGAUGGAAGUCACUCUGGGGCUCAUUGCCCUGUUCUACGCCAAUACAAGCUACUUUACAACUCUCAUACGAAUAUCUGAGACUAUACACUAAUGCUUUCGCAUUUCAGGCUGCAAUCUCUCAAUCAAUGGUGUCGAAGUUAAAGAACGAUCAGUCACAGAGGGAACAUCUGAGAUCAACAUUCAAGGAUGUGGCAUCGAUGCAAGAUGCCAGGUUUAUCUAUGAAUCCGUAGAUGCCGCUAAGGCUUACUUGACAAUCCUUGUUGACUUGGUGCACCCAGAGAAACAUCUUCACUUUAUGCCGCUCAGAUUCUAUCUCUACGGAAUUUAUGCAGCUGUUUUUCUAUAUAAGGCUCGAUCGUUUGGAGUUAUGCCAAGUAGCGAGGAAACAAAAGUGCGCGAUCUGGUCACACGAACAACCGACGUACUGAAACGAGCAAGUGCUGGACUGGAUGAUAUUGGCUCACGUUAUUCCCGGCUUCUGGAACUGCUGUGGAAGCCCAAGGCUGCGACAAUUGCCUCCCCAGCUGGAACACAUCAGAGCAGUGAUUUCCAGGUGCAAAGUAAUGCUAUACCCCAUCGCUUGCCUGAGCAAAAAGCCGAUCGCAGUGUCCCUCUCGGACUAUUCUCCGACCCGCUGGAAUAUUAUGCGCGGGACGAAGGAGCUCCGCAUAACCUCUUCCUGUCGUACUUGUACUGUUUCCUUCCGAAGCCAGGAGACACAUAUUUGGACAUCGUUAACAACAUGGAGCGACAAAAUGACAUCACUGGCCGAUUGGCCCUGAUUACUGGAGCCUCUGGAGGGAUCGGGGCAGCUUGUGCUCGCCAGCUGGCUGCCAAAGGCGUCCAUCUUGCCUUGACGUAUUCCACGAAUGUGUCUUCGACAACUGCACUCGCUGAGGAACUCAAAUCCAAACACUCAGAUAGCUACAAUCUCCGGAUCUCAGUCCAUAAGGUGGAUGUGUCUUCGGCGGACGAAAUUCAACGUAUGUUUGAGGAGAUCGACCAACAACAUGGUAAGCGACCGGACAUCUUAGUCUCCAAUGCUGGAUACGGCAAGCGUAUCCCACAGAUAUGGGACAUUCCCCUCGAAGAAUUCGAUUAUACAAUCAAUGUGAACCUACGUGCUUCAUUCAUCUUGGUGAAGGGCGUGGUGGAGCACAUGAAGAGUCAGCGAUGGGGUCGGAUAGUAUUCAUGUCCUCAAUUGCCGGCCAGGGAGGUGGGAUUAAUGGAUGUCAUUACGCCGCUUCGAAAGGUGGAAUGACGGGUAUGAUGAAGAAUCUUUCCACCAGACUAGCUGAAUACAACAUUAGCGUCAACGAUGUUGCGCCUGCCAUGAUCGGUGAAACCGGUAUGAUCCCCAGCGCCACCGCCAUUCCUGAGGUUGCCGCAGGCAUCCCUUUGGGCCGACUAGGCCUUCCAGAUGAAGUCGCCAAUGUGGUGACGAUGCUUGUGACCACCGGUUAUAUGACUGGCCAAAGUCUGUUGCUUGGGGGAGGUUUGAAAUAG